AGUAAGCAGCAUGAACAUGUUCUCCUGUUGGACUUCAACAUCUGACGAUGACGAGCCGCACAGGCGGGUAAACGAACCGGAGAAGAAGGUAAAGAAGAGAAAAUGGUGGCAGAGACGCCAGAAGGUGGAGAUGCAGGACGUGGAGGGUCAGGAGGGAAGCGGGGUAAAGGGUGAAGAGAUGGGGCAAGGAGUGAGGCAGAAUGUUUUAGAGGACCAGGCAGACCAAAUACCAAAGAUGGAGAAGCAGGUGGUUCUGGGAAAAACCAAACCUGAGAAGAAAGUAAAGAAGAGAAAAUGGUGGCAGAGACGCCAGAAGGUAGAGAUGCAGGACGUGGAGGGUCAGGAGGGAAGCGGGGUAAAGGGUGAAGAGAUGGGGCAAGGAGUGAGGCAGAAUGUUUUAGAGGACCAGGCAGACCAAAUACCAAAGAUGGAGAAGCAGGUAAAGAAGAGAAAAUGGUGGCAGAGACGCCAGAAGGUAGAGAUGCAGGUGGCCUCACGGGACCUGGUGGAAGAACCAGAGCAGGUCGUCCUAAAGGACCAGAGGAGGGAACCAGUAAACAAGGUGGUUCUGGUUUCUGAGAUUGAGAUGAAGAAGUUAGAGCAGGUGGACCCAGUGGAGCAGGUGGACCCAGUGGAAAAACCAGACCAGGUCGUGAAGAAGGCCGAAAGGCAGGUGGACCCAGUGGAAAAACCAGACCAAGUCGUGAAGAAGGCCGAAAGGCAGGUGGACCCAGUGGAAAAACCAGACCAGGUUGUGAAGAAGGUAGAGAGGCAGAUGGCCCCAGAGGAAAAACCAGACCAGGUUGUGAAGAAGGUAGAGAGGCAGGUGGACCCAGAGGAAAAACCAGACCAGGUUGUGAAGAAGGUAGAGAGGCAGAUGGACCCAGAGGAAAAACCAGACCAGGUUGUGAAGAAGGUAGAGAGGAAGGUGGACCCAGAGGAAAAACCAGACCAGGUCGUGAAGAAGGCCGAGAGGCAAGUGGACCCAGAGGAAAAACCAGACCAGGUCGUGAAGAAGGCCGAGAGGCAGGUGGACCCAGAGGAAAAACCAGACCAGGUUGUGAAGAAGGUAGAGAGGCAGAUGGCCCCGCUGAACCUGGUGGAAGAACCAGAGCAGGUCAUCCUAAUAAACCAGUGGAAGGAACAUGUAAAAAAUAGGGUUUGUUUCUUUGAGAAUGAGAUAAAGAAGGCCGAGAGGCAGGUGGACCCAGUGGAAAAACCAGACCAGGUUGUGAAGAAGGUAGAGAGGCAAGUGGACCCAGAGGAAAAACCAGACCAGGUCGUGAAGAAGGCCGAGAGGCAAGUGGACCCAGAGGAAAAACCAGACCAGGUCGUGAAGAAAGCCGAGAGGCAGGUGGACCCAGAGGAAAAACCAGACCAGGUUGUGAAGAAGGUAGAGAGGCAGAUGGCCCCGCUGAACCUGGUGGAAGAACCAGAGCAGGUCAUCCUAAUAAACCAGUGGAAGGAACAUGUAAAAAAUAGGGUUUGUUUCUUUGAGAAUGAGAUAAAGAAGGCCGAGAGGCAGGUGGACCCAGUGGAAAAACCAGACCAGGUUGUGAAGAAGGUAGAGAGGCAGGUGGACCCAGAGGAAAAACCAGACCAGGUUGUGAAGAAGGUAGAGAGGCAGGUGGACCCAGAGGAAAAACCAGACCAGAUCGUGAAGAAGGCCGAGAGGCAGGUGGACCCAGAGGAAAAACCAGACCAGGUUGUGAAGAAGGUAGAGAGGCAGAUGGCCCCGCUGAACCUGGUGGAAGAACCAGAGCAGGUCAUCCUAAUAAACCAGUGGAAGGAACAUGUGAAAAAUAGGGUUCGUUUCAUUGAGAAUGAGAUAAAGAAGGCCGAGAGGCAGGUGGACCCAGUGGAAAAACCAGACCAGGUCGUGAAGAAGGUAGAGAGGCAGGUGGACCCAGUGGACACAGUGUUAAAACCAAAGCAGGUAGGAAAGAACCAGAUUGAAAUAAAGAAGCCAAAUUUAGAGGAGAAAAUGGUCCUCAAAAACCUGGAGAGGAUGGAGAACAAAAGGCUGGAGAAGCAGGUGCUUCAGAUGGACCAGAUGACAAAGGUAGAAGAACGAGUGGAUCAGGUAGGUUUGAAGACUAAGGUUAAUAAACCUGAGAAGCAGGUGUGUCUACAGGACAGGCAGGUGGUUCUAGUGAACCGGGUGAAGGAACCAGACAGGGAUGAAGCACCUGAGCACCAGUGGACAGAACUGGAGGAGCAAGCAGCUUUGGAGCACCAAACAUGGAAACUGAAGGAGCAGAACCUGGAUAGAGGAUGCACUGAAGAUCCACUGAAGAACAUCUCCGAGGCGUCUUCAAACAAACCGGACCACGAGCAGCUGCAGGACGACGUUCUUGUUUCCCCCAUCGUCGAAGCCCAACCUGGAGAGUCCGGGGCUCUGAUGGAGACCGCGCGUGAAGAUGAAGGUGUCCCGAUGCCGAAGUCGAGGAGAGCCAGCCUGAGAACCAAACGGUUCCAGUUCUUCAACGCCUGAAGCUGAGGUGGUGACGAUCCGGAGAUCAUCCAAUCACACGCCGACUUUUCCAACAUCAAAAUAACAAUAAAGUGCCUUCAUGAA